AUGACCCUAAAUCUGUUUCCGCUGAAGUUGAGCUCUGUCUUGCUCUGGAGUCCGUGGGAGACGAAUCGUGAUUUGGCUAGUCUGUUGGGACGGCCUGAGGUUGCGCCGAGUGGGUUGUUUGACCCCGUAGGGCUGGUUAAGCAGGCCAUCCCGAAGGAUCUACCGAUCAAGAUCACCCAGGUUAUUCCCCGGUUGAAGGAGUCGGGGGCCUAUGUCAAGUUUACGUAUCCUCCUGGUAUUUCUCCGGCUGAAAUAGAAGCCAAACUGGUCAAGUCACUCAUCGAGAAUCCGAUCAAACCAUGGUUCAGCCCCUUCCGCGGCAUCAAGGCCAGCCUGGUCCAAGGCCGCCCCUGGCUCGAAGACCUCUACCGCCUGCCUAAAGGCCGCUUGAAGGUCGAAUUCAUUCCUACAGGUGAUGGCGAACCUCCUGGAGAGCUCUCACAAGAAUCCUUGUAUAACCUCUUCCGCCGGUACGGCAAGAUAGCAGAUAUCGUGUCGCAGCCUCCUGACUCGAAGGUCGUGCCGCGGUAUGCCUAUGUGGAUUUCGUCCUCGUUAGGGACGCCAUAAUGGCGAGGAACUGCAUGCACGGGUUCGUGCUCAAAGAGGAGGGCAGCAAGAACCCGACACGAUUGAGGCUGUCGUAUGAGCAAAGGGUGAAACCACAUCAUUUUUGGAGCUGGAUCUCGGGACACCCGAAAAUUGUUAUUCCGAUCAUUGCGGCCGUGUUGGCUGCGUUCACGGUGGCUGUGUUUGAUCCUAUUCGGGAGUUCUUCGUUCAGAGCCAUAUCCAAAAAUCGCUGGAUCUUACCAACAGCAACCUGUACAAAUGGCUGAAGCGACAGACUUCUGAUAUCCUCUCCUUCAAGCCUCGAAAGGAGGAGACGGCCGGUCUCAGUGCCCUGUUCACUCACCACAGAGAGCUGAUCGACACAGUCCAGAGCAGCCUUCUUGAGUCAGGAGACACCUUUGUCGUCGUCCAUGGCCCCCGUGGCUCUGGCGCCAGGGAACUUAUCAUGAACCAGGUCCUUCAUGACCGUCGGGACGUCCUGCUCAUCGACUGCAGGCAAGUCAUGGAAGCCAGAGGCGAGGCCGACAUCAUCAAGAAGCUGGCUUCGCAGGUUGGCUACCGCCCCGUCUUCUCCUGGGCCAAUAAUAUCAGCAGCAUGCUCGACUUAGCCAUUCAAAGCACUACAGGUGUCAAGGCAGGCUUCUCGGAGAACCUCGAGGCUCAGAUCGUCAAGAUCCUGCAGACGACUGCUUCUGCUCUGAAGAACGUCUCACUGUCCGCAAGGACUAAAGACGACAGAGAUGCUACUCUCACAGACGACGCCUACCUCGAAGCACACCCAGAACGUCGCGCCGUGGUUGUAAUCGACAACUUCCUUCACAAAGGUGACGAGAAGGGCAUCUUCUACGACCGUCUGUCUGAUUGGGCCGCGGCCCUCGUCCAGUCCAACAUCGCCCACGUCAUUUUCCUAACCACCGACACUACCUACUCCAAGACCCUUUCGCGUGCCCUUCCCGAUCGCGUCUUCCACCAAGUCCGACUCAGCGACCUCUCUCCCGACGUCGCAAAGCGCUUCGUAAUCUCUCAGCUCAACAACCAAUCCCAACCUCAACCCGGCGCAGACGACUCCCGCAUCAAACUCUCCAACCAACAGCUCCGCUCCGACCUCGCUGAACUCGAUGAAUGCAUCUCCCUCCUGGGUGGACGCGUAACCGACCUGCAACUCCUCGCCCGCCGCCUGAAAGCAGGCCAAUCUCCUUCCAAAGCCGUCUCCGACAUCAUCGAACAAAGCUCCAUCGAAAUCUUGCGGUUCUUCCUCCUCUCCACCAAGCCCACGACCCCGUCGGGCGCAGACAAGAAAUGGUCUGCCGAGCAGGCCUGGAGUCUUAUCAAGGCCCUCGCUACUUCGCCGAACGAGGCCCUGCCAUAUAAUCAAGUUUUGCUGUCGCCUACAUUCGCGUACUCGACUUCCCCAGACGCGGCCAGCCCUGAGGCAGCGCUCGAAGCGCUUGCCAACGCGGAGCUGAUCACAAUUCACUCCCGCCAUGGGCGACCAGCUACCAUCAAGGCAGGGAAACCCGUCUACCAGGCUGCCUUUCGCAAACUUCUUGAAGACCCUGUUGUGAAAGCAAGGAUGGACCUGGCGAUGUUGACUGAGCUAGUCAAGAUUGAGAACAAGAAUAUUGAGAAGGCAGAGGCCGAGUUGGCUGUGCUGGGGCAGGCAGGGGCACAGAAUGGGUCCUGGGGAUGGGGACUGGCGGGCGAGAGGGUGAAGUAUUUAUUGGGGAAGGUGAAGGCUAGUCAAUGGAGGAUCGAGAAGUGGGAGGGGGAAAUUAAGGGGUUGAAGAAAGUGCUCGAGAAGGAGGUUUAA